AUCGGAGCAGAGUAUUUUUAGACUCCUGUAUUUGCUCCCGCUUCCCAGCCUUGCCAGAAGGAUCAAAAAACCCUCAGCUAGGCAACAGGCAACUACUUCGGUCUCAAAGGAACCGGGGUCCAGUUGACAUUUCCACCCGAACGGGCCUCAAGAACAAAGUACCUGAGCUUGGACCAAGGCAGAUGAGACCUUUGGACUGAGGAACGCUCGAGCAUCAUCACUUCGCCGUCAUAAAGGCAUCUUGAAUGCAUGUGGUUGUCUUCCUGAAGCCCCUUCUUGGAUGGUGGCACCUCAUGGUGAAAUUAUGAACCUCUCCGGUAUUCCUCUCUCUCCCAAUGCCACCCUGGAACCUACAAAGCCUUCGUCAGAAGGCGGCUACUCAUCAUUGGAAAUAGCGCUGAUCGUUUUAAUAACCGGGAUCCUCUCGGUGGUCACUGUGGUGGGAAACCUUCUGGUGAUGGUCUCCUUCAAGGUGAACCGGGAGCUGAAGACCGUCAACAACUACUUCUUGCUCAGCUUAGCAGCCGCCGACCUCAUCAUUGGCACCAUCUCCAUGAACUUGUACACCACCUACAUCGUCAUGGGGCAAUGGGUCAUGGGCAGCUUGGCCUGUGACUUGUGGCUGGCCCUGGAUUACGUGGCCAGCAACGCCUCCGUCAUGAGCCUCUUGCUUAUCAGCUUUGACCGCUACUUCUCCAUCACCCAUCCCCUCACUUAUAGGGCCAAGCGGACGCCGAAGAGAGCGACGGUGAUGAUCGUCAUGGCGUGGCUGAUCUCCUUCGUCCUGUGGGCACCCGCCAUCUUGUUCUGGCAGAAGUUUGUUGGGAAACGGACAGUGGCCGAACAUGAGUGCUACAUCCAGUUCUUCUCGGAGCCCAUAAUCACCUUCGGCACGGCCAUCGCUGCCUUCUACCUUCCAGUCACCAUCAUGGUGGUACUCUACUGGAGAAUCUAUCAAGAGACCCAGAAGAGGGCCAAGGAACUAUGUGGGCUGCAAGGCUCAGAAUUCAAGAAGAAUCUAGACUCAAGUGCAUCUGGAACAACCAGAGACGGAGGCAGUGGAGGUAGUAGUAGCAGCAGCUCAGAGCCAUCCCAUCCUCUGGCCUCUUCUUCAACCACGGGAGGACUUCCCCUGCAAAAGUGCUGCUUCGCCAAGCAGAGAACGGACGAUCUCUACAUAGAGCAGAGCAGCAAUGGCAGCUGGAACACCACAGAGGAGGAAGAGGCAGGAGAGGCCUCUGCCGACUCCUUGACGUCUUCUGAGGGUGAGGAGCAACCCUUUGAGGUCCACAAGGUUUGCUCAGCCGUCAUUCAUCUCCCCAUGAUCGGCACCAUCAUGCAGCCGCCACGAGAGGCACAGCGCCGAGAUCCCAAGGCAGUAGCUGGAAUGGACUGGGUGGGAGGAAAGGUCUUUGUCGCAAUCCCCAAACAACCACUGAGCAUGGACAAGAGGCUCAAGAAAGUGGCCUUAAUGGAGAAGACACCGGUGAUGGCCAAGAACCAGGUCAUGAGCGCAGGGAGAAAGAGGAGGAGGAGGAGAAGUCUCUCUAAGCGGAAAACUCUCUCCCUGAUGAAGGAGAAGAAAGCGGCCCGGACGCUUAGCGCAAUCUUGUUGGCCUUCCUCAUCACUUGGACACCCUACAACAUCAUGGUGCUGGUCUCGACUUUUUGCGAGGGAUGCAUCCCUCAAAGCCUCUGGGAACUGGGCUACUGGCUUUGCUACGUCAACAGCACCGUCAACCCCAUGUGCUAUGCACUGUGCAACAGGUCUUUCCGGACCACCUUCCGGAGGCUGCUGCAAUGCCAUGGGGCUCAGCAUCGCUGAAGGAAAGGGGCCGAGAAACAGCGGGGCUAUUUCCUGGGGAGAAGGACCAGUCUGCUGGUCAAUUCAGUUCUGAAUGCAGGGUAUGAAAGCCAUGUUGGUAAGCCUAAAGCAGGGACGGGAACCUGUGGUCCCCAGAUGGUGUUGGACCAACUCCCAUCAUCCACACCAGCCUUGCUAGUGUUUGGAACUAAGGGGGGUUUUUUGGCCUGGCAAAAGUUGGCAGGCCAUGGAUUGCCCAUCUCCAACAUGAUAUGAGCAAAGAGAACAAGACACUAGAAAAGUAAGAAAUAUAGAGGGAGAGAAAUUAGAUAGGCCUUUGGUUACCAAAAAGAAAAGAGAACAGAGCAGAUUUUAGCAUUCAAGGGCUACUGGUGCAACUCCGUCUUCCUCCAUGGUGGGCUGCUGUGGCCCACUGGUCCACUGCUGUCGGUUUUAUGAUAAAGUUUAAGCUCAUGGUUAUGUUCAUGUACCCCAAACUGGGAAAUGCUUGUGCAGAAUUGUCGCUUGAAGCUGCCCCAGUAUUGUGACAAUAUUGCAGUGAUGCCCGCAAACCAAGCUUGCGACAGGCCAGCUAUCAAAUACCAUGUCUUCUUGCCACAGGCCUGACAGGCCUGGUCCUCUCCAAAACCCAACUCUGGAUGUACCAGAGGCAUUUGAAUGCUCAAAUCCUGGCACGAAAGAACCAGAAACACUUUCUAGUCCAACGACUGCGUAGGAAAUCCACACCUAAAGCAUCCAUUACAGCUGUCUAUCUAACCUGUUUAAAAACCUCCAGUGAAGGAGAUUGAAUGCUUCAAUUGUGAAAUCUAUUAUAAAAGCAAAUGCAUGUGCUCAAGGCUUUUUUGAAGCCUAUUAAGUUUGCACCUAUGAACCAGGUAACUAGAGAUGAUUUCUCUGCCUGAAACCCUGGAGAGAGGCAUUCCUGCCUGUCCAGCUUACAUUGCAAUAAACCUGACAGAUUUUAAGACUA